GUCACACUAGUGACGUGUAGCACUUUAUUAUUUGUUGUUAUUUCAUAAAUAUUACGCUCAAAUAGUGUCUAAAUUCAACUGCAAUGUCUCAGUUUGGUGGACCAAAUGACUUCUAUGGCUCUGCAGAUGCCAGCUACAACUUUGAUAUGCCGGAAUUUGGACAGGAGCUCAAUUUCCAAACCUUUGACAACACACAGGCACAAGUGCCGCCCAACUAUGAUGCUCCCUAUGCGAAUCCGCCUGCCCAAGGUCUGGGUGGCUUCUACGAUCCCACAGCAUAUACGGAAAACAGCUUUGGACAGGAUCAGUCGAGCAAAGCAGGUGGUGCUGCUGGCACCGGCAAUGAAUUCGAUGACGAACCGCCGUUACUCGAAGAAUUGGGCAUCAAUCCGAAUCACAUAUUCCAAAAGACCCUGGCCGUGCUUAAUCCAUUGCGCGGCACUGAACAGCAAAUACUCCAGGACACAGACAUGGCCGGUCCACUGGUCUUCUGCCUCACACUUGGCGGCUUCCUGCUACUGAGCGGCAAGGUAACCUUCUCGUACAUCUAUGGAAUUGGCGUGAUGGGCUGCAUCUUCUUCUAUUGUCUGCUGUCGCUGAUGGUCACACGGUCGCAGGUGACCUUUGGGGCGGUGGCCUCCGUGCUGGGCUAUUGUCUGCUGCCCAUGGUCGUGCUCUCAGGCAUCAACAUUUUAAUCACCAUUCAGGGCACACUCGGCCUAAUUGUGAGCGGCAUCUCCAUAUUCUGGUGUGCCAUAUCGGCCUCGAAACUGUUCGCCACAGCGUUCUCCAUGGACCAUCAACAGAUGCUGAUUGCCUAUCCGUGUGCGGUGCUCUAUGGAGGAUUUGCCUUGAUUACCAUUUACUAGGCACGGGCGAGCGGUCGGGCCUUCAGCUAUACCACCUCGUCAUAUGCUCUCGCACUCGCUCAUCUCUCUCUCUCUCUCUCUCUCUGUCUGUCUCUCUCAGCAGCAGUAGCCUCGUUUUAAUUGUCCUGCAAACACAUACUCGUACAUAUGAAGAAAAUAGAAAGAGAGCAAGAGAGAGAGAGUGACUGGCACACACACAUGGAAGGCUAUAUAUGUAUGUAUAUGUUUUGUAAGAAAAUAAGAGCUGAUUGCGAAUUUGUUGUUCCAUCUCUUCCCCUACUCAACCAUA